AUGGACGCGUCUAAUGAUGGCUCCGAGUCCGUCGACCAGUUCCUUGCUCGAAUUGCGAGUCUGAGCUCAAAGCAGGGGCAGGAAGAGGCUGAGCGUUCGAGGAAGAUGGAGGAGGAAAUGUUGCAGGCUAGAAAAGAGAGACAGGCUAGAAGAGCAGAACGCGCUCGGUCUCUGUCUCCCUCCAAAACCGGCCCUACACCGUCGUUGCGACUUGUUGGAGAGAGUGCUCGAAAAACCACACAAGGAAUUGACCCUCCUGUAGCCCUCACGCCUCCUCCCCUCCAGCCUCGUACAGUCGGCCGCUCCGACUCGAUUUCUCCAAGGCCGGAGCGAGCUGCGGCUUCCGGGCUGGACUUCACUCGACCUCUCCCGCCUCCAGCUGCUAGCGAAAACCCCUCCACGCCCAGCCCAUCUCUCAAUGCCACCGCCCUCUCCAGGAGUGGAACUUUAUCGUGGCAACAACGGCCUUCAUCGAGGGGUGUGGGCUCAAGGCCACGGCCGCUGUCCGUGGCAUCCAUACCCGAUUCAGCCCUUCCUCAGGGUCCAGCUCAGUUAAAAGAUGGAGAUGACAUGACGAGAAAAGAUAUUGCGGCUUCCUUAGGAGCCAAAGACCCAUCGUGGUUCCGUCAGACUGCUGAUCGUGGUGUUGGUUCAGCUGCGUAUCGCAAGAAUGAGACAGAUUCAGAGACGCCCCCACCAUUCUCGAGUCGGGGAAUGAGACUCCCUGGCAUGUCGAAAGAUUCCAAUGCUCCCGUGGACCGCUCGAGGGAUGAUCCCGAGAAAGCAACUCCUCCACCGUCCCCUCCGAAAUCCUUCGCUCAACCCCUCGAACAGGAACAAUUGUCCAAGAAGGAUGACCCGAGACCAACGAGACCGCUCUCCAUGGUGUCAUUGUCGCCGUCAAAGCCUCCUGCUUUGGACUUGCCAAGUUUCAAGCCUUUGGAUCUCAAUUCUUCGUUCGCGGCCGACACGCCUAGCCUGGGAAGAACGUCUAGCAUAUUGUCAUCCGCUGGGCGUCCUCCUUCGCCUACCAAGGGCUUGGGUGGUUUUGUUGAGAGCGCGAUGAUGAAAAGAUCAGAUAGUGUGAGCAAGAGAUGGAGUGUACAGGCAAAUGCAGGCUUGAAGCGAGGUGACUCUGUUGCCACACCUCGUCCAGCUCAUGUUUCUGGUACGUCGGGUUUCAGUCCUGGACACAGUCGUGGUACCUCUAGAGAUGUCCGAGGCGUAGGCAAUUCGUCCCCGCUAUCGAGUUCAAGGCCUGUUUCGAGUCAUGGAGCUGAACCGGUUCCUCUUACAAAAGCCCGCCCACUAAGCCGCACAGACGACCCUACAGGACCCUCAGAGGCUGAAAAUACCAAUGCGCAAGAUGUCCAAGCCGGCCAUGAAGCCUCCAGAGUACAGCAUCAGGACCGCCCGACCACCCCACCAUCAUCCGAAUCGCUCUUGUCUCGCAGCCCGUCCAAAACCAUGGAUCCUCGCCGCUGGAGUCCGACCAAAGCCAGUUGGCUCGAAAGUGCGCUCAAUAAACCGGAUUCCCCGAGAUUCACUCCAGCUAAACCUGAAACACCUGCUUGGAAGCUCAACAUGCAGCGUGCCAAACAAGAGCAGCAACAGAGGUCGUCCGAGCCUGUAGAUACCGUGCCGGCGAAGCCUGAUGUGGCACCGAAACCACACAUUUCACCUCCCGUGAAGGAGCCGGCCACGCUGAGUGAACCGGUGCCUCAGAAAGACCCGUCCACACCAGCGGCCGACGAGGCAGACACGGCGAAAGGCCUCGAAGAUGGGUCACUAGCACCACGCGACACGCCUACCUCCCAGGUCGAGCAGCCCAAAAUGGAGAAAAGGGAUGAGAAACCGGCGGUUCCUUCUAAGAGAAACGUCACGCCUAUUUCACAGACAAAAAGUUCGAACACCAAAUCCGAGACUGCAGCAGUAGCAUCAAUCGGAAACGAACAAGCCCCGGCCGAGGCGUCGCAGGCAAACACCUCUGACUUGAAGCCACCAAUGUUAAAGCCGAAACCACAAACGCCUCCAAAGACCGACUUCAGAGCCACCUUAAAGUCGCGUCAAGCAGCGCCAGCAAGUAACAACGACGCAGAACCCGAGUUCAAAGCCGUAUUCGGAAAACUGAAGAGGACGCAAACGCAGAACUAUGUCGCUCCUGACAUCUUGAAAGCCAACAUCACCAAAGGCAAGGCAGGGCUGAAUGCCACAGGCGGACCACAGAAGACUAAGCGGGUGGAUGAAUUCAAAGAGAGCAUUUUACAGAAGAAGGAAGCUAUGAAGACGGGGGACGGUCCGAUUGGAAAGCGUCCAGACGCACCUAGUCCUCUUGAAAAGCCAGCUCAGGCCGUUCCUGAGGCGCUGGCAAGGCGCAUGACAUUACAUAAGACAGGUCCGUCCAGUGAAAAGAUCGAAGUCAAGAAACCGAUCGAUCCGCCUGUGAAGCCAGCAGUUUCAGCUCCGAAACCCCCGCAUGCCUCUGCCAAGCCAGCCCCGGAGAAGCAGAAUGCUCCAGUACGCACGGAACAAACACCGAUCUCGGCACAGAAACUACCUGUGGUCAAACCUGAGAAGUCUGCAUCUGUCUCGACGACUGUCUUUCCGGUCAAAUCAGCUUCUGAAAUCCGCAGUGAUGACAGCCAGUCGAAAGCGGACACAUCUCCAGCUGAGGUCGUCGCUGCGGUGGAGACGGCGUUCAAAACAAGAGCACCAGAAAACAGCAAACUUGCAGCCCGCCUCAAUCCUGCACUUGCCGGCAUCAUAUCGCGAAGUGGUAGUCCUAAACCCCCUGGUGAGGCCUCAUCUAGUGGUACAAGCGCGGUACAAGUCCGAGAUACUACCCCGGCGUCACGGGAGAGCACGAAUGACCAUGAUUCAGAGCUGACGCAUAUGACAAAGGCUCGGGCUAAGGGUCCGAAAAGAAGAGCCCCUAAGAGCGGCCAAUCCUCAAAAGGGACCGCUACAGCCACCGUUCAAAAGCCUGUUGUAAGCGCUGGCAUCAGCGCUCCUACCUUUUCACAGUCAAGCUCGUCCCGACAGCCUAUCUCUGAUACAAGCAACACCGUCCCCGUGCGGCUCUUCGGGUCGAAGUCGAUUCCUAGCAAACCCGUGUCAGAAGUUGAGGAUAAGAAGCCAGUUGUGGCCGCUGAAGUCUCAACAUUGCAGCAAAGAUCAGAGGAGCGCAAGCCAGACGAAAAGGCUGUCGAAGACUCUGCUCCAGCCAGGCCGAAGUCUGCCUUGGAAGCAGGUGUGAAUCCAAAAUCAAAACCAGCAGUGGCCAACAAGUCGGCGGAGCUUAGAAAAGUGUCGAAUCCUAGUAUGUCGGCUCAUGUUGCAGAUGAGUCCGCUCCAGUCAAACCCGGGAAGUCUGCGGAGCUGAAGACAAGUUCAAUUCCUGCACUGCUACCAAAGCAUGUUCAACAGCCGUCCCAAGCCAAGCCCUCCACGCCGAAGAAGUUCGAAAUUCUAGCAGACCGUGCACAAGUUGUGUCGCCUCCUCCCCAAUUUGAUGGACUCAGAAAGAAUGGGCCUCUUUCGCCCCCACCUGGGGUGAAUUCGCCUUUGACGCCCAAUAAAUUCAAGAUCAAUACUCCCAAAGAACCGAAACCUGAAGUGGACAGCUCGCUAAAGCCGACCUCACUCACUUCAACUAGAGCCAAUGGACUCGGCCUGCAGCUUGCGUCUGCUUCUAGGAAACCGGCAGCUACCCCUGAAUUAACGCCGCCGCCAGAGCCCGAGGCUGUAUCGACUAAAUCAGCAACAUCCUUCCGGAGUCCUGCAUCCCCAACAAAGUCUGCCCGCUCGGUGAAGCCCCAUUUCGAAAGCUUCUUUGGAGUUCUGCCCCAAGCAAGAGCCAAAGCGGAAUUCGACACACACGCUUUCUUGACCUCUCAGAACAAGGCGGCAGAAAAGUGCAAGACUCUCAGCAAACAGGUUUGGGAAGUAUCCGGCGAUGGAAAGCGAACAACCAUGCCCCCCCAACAGGAACACAUACUCUUCGAAGACUGCAUGUACCUGUGUGUGCAUUCAAUGGAAUCACCCGCCGGCUCAAAAAGUGCCGAAGUAUAUCUCUGGUGCGGUGACGAGGUCCCAGAAGCUGCUGUGGAGGAUGCUCAGCUGUUUUGCCGGAAAGUUGCUCGCGAAAAUAACGCUAAGCUUGAGGUAGUCAAACAGGGCAAAGAGAGUUCUGAGUUCUUUCAAGCCUUGGGCGGAAUCGUCAUAGUCCGGAAGAGCAAGUCAGCAGCUUUGUAUAUGCUGUGUGGCAGACGACAUCUUGGGCACGUUGCUUUCGACGAGGUUGAUUUGUCUGCUGAUAGCUUGUCUUCUGGACUACCGUUUUUGAUAUCGGCCAAGUUUGGGAAGCUCUAUCUCUGGAAAGGAAAUGGCAGUAACCCAGAAGAUGUGGGAUGUGCGAGACUGAUAGGCAUGGACAUGGGGCUCACGGGUGAGAUCGAAGAAGUCUCGGAAGGUGAAGAGCCCCUCAGUUUCUGGGAAGCUUUCCCGUCACGUCCGGGCAAGCGGGUGGCCCCUCGAACACGCAACCAGACUAGCCAACUUCGCGGUCAUGCACCCAGAUUAUACCGUGUUGAGCACGACCGCCCGAAAUCGUCCGGCGGCUUCUGGGGCUUGAGGGCGGCAUCACCGCCAAAACAACCUGUCCGAGCCUUGGUGGACGAAAUUGCCCCAUUCAAUCAGAAGGACCUGGACGCCAACCACAUCCACAUCCUUGACACCUACGGGGAGCUCUACGUCCUCGUCGGUGGAUCGGCCAAAAAGCCUGCCGAGUUCGUGACAGCUGUACAGGUCGCGCAGGAGAUCGCUGUUCUGUCUCCCUCUGUUCAGGAUAGACCUCUUCUGCCUGCUUGUUAUGUGGUGAUGGGUGAUCCUCCAGAAAACAUUAAGUCGGUCUUUCGAAAAUGGAAGCCUGAUAGAUCAGCUUCACGAGACGAACAAGUGUGUGUACGAGUCGAAGAAGUGAUACAAGAACUAGGGAUCACGUUGUAA